AUGCGUCUGUCGUACUCGAACUUUGAAAGGCAGCCUACUGCAUCAGGGGAUGGUGGAGAAAGGGUGCGGGGCCAAAAGGCUCCUCUGGUCAGCAUGGUGCCUUCGGUACGCCUAGAGAACCCAGAGGACACCAGUGAGAAUGAAGAAGACGUAGAAGAAGAUGUUGAGAACGAAGAAGACGGUGACAUCAGCCGGCGAGAUAGCAGUGGUAUAUUUUCCGCCGACCAGGGUUGCAUUGUGAGAACCAUGGAGGAUGAGCUCAUCGGUGAUACUCAUACUCCGUACUCUUAUGGAUUCCGUGGAUCUAUUAGGUCUUAA